UUUUAUUUUUAUUUUCAAAAGUAAACAAAUUGUUUAACAAAAAUGUAAUAAUUUUAACACAAAUAACGUUUGCAUUCAUAUGUUAUGCGAAAAAUACAUUGAGUUUUGCUCUCAAACAUCAAAACAACACUCAAUUUGUUUUGCAUUUUAAUUGUUUUUUGAAUUGAUUUGACAUUAAUUGACAUCAAAAUGAAUUCACAAUUAAAGGAAAUAAUGGCAAAACUGUCGCACAACUCAAAUGGCGGUCAAAUGAGGCCCUCGUGUCUCAAAUGUGGAUAUCCUGGACAUUUCACAUACCAAUGCCGUAACUUCUUCCGCAUGAAUCCCUCGCAAGACAUUGUUCUGGACGUGAGUUCCACCAGUUCUGACUCCGAUGACGAUCCGACCGACACUGCCAUCGAUGCCAACAAUAUCAUCAAAACUGAUCCAAAGGCACACUUUAGUGGCGGACAACCCGACGAUAAACGACACAAAAGACAUAAAAAGAAAUCCAAAUCCCAUCACAAAAGUAAGCGAAAGCACCGGAACUCGGAUUCUUCGUCUGACGGCAGCCCUAAGAAGACUCGGAGUCGAAGUAAAGACAGACAUCGGAAACACCGAAAGCAUAAGUCAAGCGAUGAGAGCGACGAUCGCCGCAAAGAUGACCACAAAUCGAGACAUAAACGCAAACAUAAGUCCAAAGAUAGGGAAAGAAGACGCGAAAAACAGACCAAUAAAUAGUUAUAAUUAUAAUUUUUGCAUAAAUUUUAAGCUUUAAAAUUGUAAUCAUUAUGCAAUUGAUGUCAAUUGAAAGCAAAUAC